UGUUUUCAUUGAUUAGCAUCUUGUAGCCAUAGAAAGAGGCCUAUGUUUAGCAGAAGCAAAUUUGAUGGUAAUUUAUUUUGAGAACUUCACUGAGGUUUAUGUAACUGGGUCAAAAGUGAUCUGUAGGAGCUGCCAGAACAAUCAUAGCCUGAAACACAAACCAAGCACCACAUGCUCAAUAAUACCACCUUCCUUAUAAGAACAAGGCUACUUAAAUCCUGGCCAGGAUUUACAGUUUCAGCCAACUCUGUACAGCUGCCUCCCUACAUAACACACCUUGGAUACCUUAGCAUCUGCAAGUUUACAGAUAAUCCAACUAAAUUAACUAUUAAAGUAUUUGAGAAAAUGCUGAUGAGCCUAAUCUAACAUACAAUGGAUUUUCAGAGAAAGCAUUAUGUGUAUCAGCAGGGAAAACCCAAAACAGAGAGCAUGUUUUCACACUAAAGAGUAUUCUUAUCUCUGCUUGGCUUUGGGAUAUAAGGAACUGAUAGAAAAAGCAAAGUCAGAACUGCUACACCCUUGUCUUAGUUGUGUUUUGUUUGGCAUGUAAACUAACACUGAUAUGGAGUUCCUCUCCAUGGCACAGAGCCAGAGUGGCAGACAAGUUAAAUAUUUUUACAAAUUACUGUGGUUUCUGUGACUGUACAGUAUGUUUGUCCCAGCCUUUUAAAACCUUGUAAAGGGGUGACUUCUGACAAGUGCCACACAGUAUCACAUGCGAGUACCGGCCCAACACAUCACUGUGAAAAGCCAUUUACAGCACAUGGAAUGCUGUGGGUGUUCCUUCACCUGGUCACUUUUAAUCAGAGUAGAGGACUGCUUCUGAACUGCACUGAAAUCACUGGAAGUGAAGAACACUUUGGAUAAGUGUUAUUACCUAACAAGGUAACAGAAUGGAGAACAAACAGCAAAGCAAUGGUGAGAUGAAAGAAAGCAAGGUGGUGAAGAAAAAAGUGAGCUGGUCUGGGAGUCUAAUUGUAGCCUCUUUAACUGGUGCUUUUGGGUCGUCUUUUCUUUAUGGUUACAAUCUCUCAGUGGUGAACGCUCCUGCCGUGUUUAUCAAGAAGUUUUACAAUGAAACUUGGGAAAGAAGAUAUGGCUUCUCAGUGGAUGAAAGCACGCUGACUCUUCUCUGGUCUAUAACUGUUUCUAUUUUUGCCAUUGGUGGCCUUGUGGGUGCCAUUAUUGUUACCCCAAUUGUGAAGUUCUUCGGACGGAAAUGUACAUUGCUGCUCAAUAACGUGUUUGCAGUGACAGCUGCUUUGUUGAUGUCCCUCUCCUUGCUGGCGGGGUCAUUUGAAAUGCUCAUACUGGGCCGUGUGAUAAUGGGUGUUGAUGCAGGCAUUUCUCUGAGUGCCCUUCCCAUGUAUUUAAGUGAAAUAUCUCCUAAGGAAAUCCGUGGUUCAUUGGGUCAGGUCACAGCAAUUUUCAUCUGUGUUGGUGUUUUUACUGGUCAAGUUUUGGGGCUGCCAGAAAUAUUUGGGCAAGAGUCUCGAUGGCCUUACUUGUUUGGAGCGAUCAUUGUUCCUUCAUUGAUACAAGUCGUGAUUCUGCCUUUUCUUCCUGAAAGUCCUCGUUACCUCCUACUUGAAAAACAUAACAAGAGCAAGGCAGAAAAAGCAUUUCAGACCUUCCUUGGGAAAGAUGAUGUGUCUCGUGAAGUAGAAGAAGUUUUGGCAGAGUCCCGAGUCCAAAGAAACACCAAGUUAGUGUCGAUACUUCAGCUCCUGAGAACCCGCGCUGUGCGAUGGCAGGUCAUUACUGUGGUUGUCACCAUGGGCUGCUACCAGCUCUGUGGGCUGAAUGCUAUCUGGUACUACACAAACAACAUUUUCAGUGAAGCUGGGAUCAAUCAUGAAACAAUCCCCUAUGUUACUCUAAGUACUGGUGCUGUUGAGACUCUGGCUGCUGUUUUUUCUGGCUUAGUUAUUGAGCGGCUUGGGCGCAGACCUCUGCUUAUCGGGGGCUUUGGGUUGAUGGUUGUCUUCUUCGCAGUGCUGACCGUCUCUCUGACUUUACAGAAAACUGUGCAGUGGCUUCCUUACCUCAGCAUAUUUUGCAUCCUUGCAAUCAUUGCAUCAUUCUGCAUUGGACCAGGUGGGAUUCCAUUUGUCCUCACCGGAGAGUUUUUCCAGCAGUCACAGAGGCCGGCCGCAUUCAUGAUAGCUGGGACAGUCAACUGGCUCUCCAACUUCGCAGUCGGACUGCUCUUCCCUUUCAUUCAGGGUGGUUUACAGACCUACUGCUUCCUAGUGUUUGCUGCCAUCUGCUUUGCAGGAGCUACCUACCUGUUUUUUGUCCUGCCUGAAACAAAAAAUAAGACAUUUAACGAGAUCAGCCAGGCAUUUGCCAAAAGGAAUAAAGUAUCUUUAGAUAUGCAAGAAAUGAACCACUACCCAGGGGAGAGGAAGUCGAGUGCAGAACAAGAAUCAAACUUCACUUCUUCAGUGGACAACGGGGAAACCAAAAAAGGGAUUGUGUAAACGCAGGAUGCUCUUCUGAGGGGCGGGGAAACACAUGCUCUUUUCAUUUGGUAUGUUUAUAGUAAUGCGCAAGUUGUAUUUUUUAUGUGACAGCAUGAACUGCCUCCCCCUUAAAUAUGUUUUAAGUGAGUACAGGUGAAUUUGUUAGCAGCUGGGGUGAUGGUUGAGGAAAUGAGUAGCGGCAGCUGAUUAAAUUAGUAAGAGCCAGAAUUUUCUUCAGCACCUGUGAAAUAGGUGUGAGGAAGAGGAAGAAGAAGAAGAGGUGGUGGCAGGGAAAAGGAAGAGAUCCUGGUCUACUAAGAACUGAUGUAGGUGAACCUGAAAUUAUACCGGCUCAUGGCUCUCCACAUUUCCCAAUGUGUCAUUCCAGUUGCAUGUGAGAAUUGAGGACUUGAAAGGAGACCUGUCACACUCCCCUGGCCUCCCAUUCAUUUUCCUGCUAUUUUGACUUUCAGUUGCUUUGUCUGAACAUCUCCCACCUUCCCACAAAUGGGGAGCUCUGGGUCCUGAUGGGUUUCCCCGUCUCUCUUGCAAAUCCUGACCAACUAGUAAUAGAGUUGCCUCUAGUUUCUGCAUUUGCAGGCAGUGCAUUUUUGUGGAUAUAAAUUUUUUGUUUAAUUUUAUCUUUUUAAAAAAAUGGCUAUAGAAGCUUUAAUAUGAAGAGGAAACUAAACAUCGUGGUGAAGUGAAAGAAUUCUGAUGGUAUGUGCAGGAUGUAGCAUUAAAAAAAAUAAUCAAGCACCAAAUUUCCCAAGGGUUGGGAUUUUGGAGGGGGUUUUCUUGGUUUUGGUGUUUUGUUUUUUUCUUUUCAAGCUCCUUUGAAAACAAGUCUUAGGUGUCAAAAUUUCCUUGAGAGCCAGUAAAUGCCAUUUCUUAAUGCUCGGCUCUCUCCAAAGGAAUUUGGGUGCCUACUUCUUAUUUAAACACUAAUUUUCAUUUGGGCAUUAGAUUCUGAAGCUCCAGACCUAGGUCACAUUAGUAAGUUUCUAAGCUAUUUGAUGCUUUGUAGAACUGUCUUCAGAGUCCACUUAUUUUUGUGAUGGCAAGACUCAGCAGGCUGUCGGGGGUUAGAUGAUCCAUUCCCUUCCAUUUGGGAUUUUUUUUAAAAUAUCAUCUUUCUAGUUUGUAAUUUUGAUAGUAGGUCGUCUUGACUCUUCUAAUUACCUGGAUGCUGGAGGGCUAAUGAGCACUUUUAAAUUCAAUUGUCAGCUGUUUUACUUGAAAAGUCACUUGAGUCUUAGAGCUACUCUCAGUUAGGAGGAAGGCACAAGAAGCAAGUGAAGCAUUUAGGUAGAGUCAGCUGCUUCCACAAGUUAUAUUUACUAAUCCAGAGUUUCAAAAAUUUGGGGCUAUUUUGGAAAAAAAAAAAUAUAUAUAUAUAUAUUCCAAAUAUAGACAUAUAUAUGAAUAUGUAUAUCUAUAUACACAAUGGAAAAUUGCUUUCCAAUACUUGGGGUUUUUUUCCAGCUUCCCCCAAGUGACAAGCUAUAUUUAUUGUUUUGUUUUACACUGUAGAUUAAAGUCAGAAAUCCUAAUGUUCAAAUAGUACUACUAAAUGAUUUAUAUGGUUUUAUACUGUGAUUUAUUUAUAUGUGGCCUAUUUACUGCACACAUUUUAAGCUGACUUAACAGGGCAAUUUCACUACUGGAUAAUAGAAUAAAUCUUAAUCUGAGCCUUUAUGCCAGAAUUUAUGCUAUUUUACUGGGAUAGAGGUACAGCAGCAAGUAAGGAAAUGAAAAUAAAUUCGAACAAGAAAAUUAAGAAUGCACAAUCAGAUUUACAAUAUUGGUGCUAACGUAGAGUGAAUCAGGAUUAUACCAACUAAUAAUUGUAUAUAGAAGUCAAUCAAAUACUACAGAGCAAACCGAAAAAUGUUUUCUAAUAACCGCUUAUAAAAUUAUAAAUAUAGCAAAUGAACAUGUCAUCUUUCAGUGGCUUUAGUUGCCUAUUCCAUGUGUUCCAUUAGGCUUGCUAAGUGAAUGGCUAUGUAAAAAAUUAUCUUGAAUGGCACCCCUCCAGGCAAUUUCAGGAAUAAAUUCUUCCUAUUCUGCCUGCAGGCCAGGACUGGCAAGUUCAGACUCCCUCGAGAAUUACUUUACUUUGCAGUUAGGGCUACUAACAUGGUACGGUAUGAUCCGAUUUGAGUCAAGGUGGCAAGAUUGUAAUCCGUUAUUAUUAUUAUUACUAUUAUUAUUAUUUAGCACUUAGUGCUGUUCAUUAAUGUACAUUACAGGCAUUACAAGUUGAUAAUGUUGCCAUUGGGUAACUUCAAUAAAACAUCAUGUUGGGCAUACACGGCAGUUGUAUUGUGCAACAAGAUAAAAAUCAUCUUAGUUACUUGCAGUUGCACUUGGAGCCCAGCUCUGCACGUGUUGGUAAAGAGAUGGUUCAAUGGAGUUUCCUGUCACAGCUCAGGGGCUUGUACAGAUUUAACAGCAGGGGGUUGUGAUGUUCUCUUCCACUGUCCCCUUUGCCCAUCCGUGCCCUACCUGAGCCGGGCACACUCCACAUACGCGCUCUCAGUGCGGCUGCGAAGUGCUGCUGCAGAGCAGGUACACCAGGGGACAGGGGCUGCACGUCCCACCAGCAGUUUGCUGCAGCUCAUGGUUCGGGUGAAAGGCAGUUCCAGUCUCCAGAUGUGUGUGUGUGCAGGUGCUCUGCUCGCUGGCCAGGGAAGGUGGCUGCAGCCUCCUCUGCUUUGGGUCGUGGAAGUUUUUGAGGAAACUUCACGUGUGCCAGUACUGCAUUGGCUUUCUCAUCUCUGACCCUAAUGAGAGUUUUGCAUUAUUCUUGAUGUUGUUCUGUAUUUUUUUUUCCAUUGUUAUGCUGCUAUAGCUUCUCCAGCAAUGAGAGGACAAAAGUGAAAAUAUCAGCAGUUUAUCAUUUGUGGUUUUUUUCAUGUUGAAUGUAUCAAAUUGUCUGCAGCCCAUGUGUUUGUCAGUGAGUAUUGUGUGGUACCACAUUCUCUUCACCUGUCUGUGACAUGGGGAUGAGAUAGUGCUAGACAGUGUUUGUACGAGUACUGCAAGUGGGUUGUGUGUGUGUGAUAAAUUAUGUCUGUGCACAGUGGCAAAAUAAACCUUUGGAAUUAAACUAAAA